AUGACAAAUAAAAUCGAAACAACAACAUCAACGACGACAAUAACAACAUCGUCGUCAAUUGAUGAUGAAUUACUUGUUGAUGUUGUUAGUCUUAAUGGCAAUAGUAGUUUAUGUAUUGAUUCCUCUCAUCAUACAUCAUCAUCGUCAACUCCAUCUUCUUCACCGAAUCAUUCAAUCGAUUCAAGUCCGCAUUCACCAACAUCAUCCUUAUGUGGUGAAAUGGAAGAUGAACAUACAAAUUCCACGAAGAAAUCCUCAUCAACGAAACAGCAUAUUGUCAAACCACCUUAUUCCUACAUUGCAUUGAUCACAAUGGCUAUCUUACAAUCUCCUACACGUCGUUUAACAUUAAGUGGUAUCUGUGAAUUUAUUAUGAAUCGUUUCCCUUAUUAUAAAGAACGUUUUCCUGCAUGGCAGAACUCAAUACGUCAUAAUCUUAGCUUAAACGAUUGUUUUCUGAAAAUUCCACGUUCACCAGGAAAUCCUGGAAAAGGAAAUUAUUGGACAUUGGAUCCUGCAAGCGAGAACAUGUUUGAUAAUGGUUCAUUCUUACGUCGUCGGAAACGUUUCAAACGCAUGAAUCAGCAUCAUCAUCAUCAUCAUCAUUCAGCAUGCUUUCAUCAUGGACCAAUGCUACCUUCACCAGCAGCUGCACCGUCACCAUCAUUUCCUCCGAUUCCAUAUCCAUUUCUUGCGGUAUCAUCACCAUCGAAACGAUGUUUUCCAGUUUUACCUCCCCCGUUACCAUUACUUCCUCCUCCACCUCCAAUUGUACCAAUGAUUCAUCACAAUCCGAAAUCCAAAACUCCAUUCACUAUCGAUAAUCUGAUUGGUAAUACGAAAUCAUCAUCAUUAUCGAUCUCAUCGUCCUCUUCUUCUUCUUCUUCUUCAUCAUCAAAUAUCAAUUCAGUAUUAACGAUAACUAAUCGAGAAACAUUUCGUGUAUAA